UUUCGUGAGCCGGCUUACUGUCCUAUCUUCUAGAGAGGGCAGAAGCCAAUCCUCUCAUCUGAUCUCCUCCUUCCCCCCAAUUGCCGCAACUCUCCCCCGCCGUCCCUUCCUCCCUGGACGGCGUUUGAUCAUCCCUUUGUCCUCCUCCUCCGCCGCCGCAUAGAAAUCUCCUAAUUAAAAUUAAGAAAGCUUCGAUAAUGGCGGGGGCGGCAUAUUUGAAACCUUUUCAGCUCCUGGAAAUCAACGUGAUCUCCGCGCAGGACUUGGAACCCCUGUCGAAGAAAAUGAAGACGUACGCCACCGUGUGCCUCAACCCGACCCGGCGGCUCACCACCGCGGUGGACUACGACGGGCGAACCAACCCCACGUGGAACGACAAGUUCGUGUUCCGCGUCGACAACGAGUUCCUCAGCCGCGACACCUCCGCCAUCCACAUCGAGAUCUUCGCCGUCAAAUGGUUCCGCGACUCCCGCGUCGGCUCCGUCCGCUUCCUCGUCGGAAACCUCUUCCCUCCUCCCGCCCGUGGACAACGCCAAAAUUUGGGCAUGCGUUUCGUCGCCCUCCAGGUUCGUCGGAAAUCUGGGCGACCACAAGGAAUAUUGAACAUAGGGGUGUCGUUACUGGAUAGCUCGAUGAGGAGCAUGCCAUUGUACAGGGAAAUGGACACGUCGGCGGUGGGGGUUCGAGAUCUGAUGCAGGAAGAUAAUCUUCGCCACAACGCCAAACCCUUCCCGUUUCUCCGUCGCAUGAAGAGCGAGCGCAGCACUCUCAUGUCAUACGACGACGUCUCCGUCAACAACAGCUCCAUACUCGCAAUCCCCAAGAGGAACAAGGCCUUCGCCUUCGACGACAAGGAAAGCUCCAUCCUUAGCAUCUCCUUCGUGCCGCCACCGCCACCACCGGCGGUGAUCAAGGGCGCCGGGAGCAGCAAGAAAGGAAAGGCUAGCUCCGUGAUCAACGGGGCCGAGCUCCGACAAGACAGAUUGGUGAAAGGAAAGGCGAGUUCGGUGGUGAGUGAUUCCGUGUUUAGCAAGGAAACGAAUAUCAAGGGAGAAGAGGGUGCGCCAACGUUGAGGCCGAUUAAGACCUCAUUGGGCCCAAAAUGGAAGGCGAACUCGAUGCUAUCGGACUCGGAGGUGGGGCCGUCGCCAUCGGAGGUGGCGAUGGCGAUGGCGGAGCAGCGGAGGUACCCGCUGGAGCAGGAGGGGAGCUCGGUGAUGGACGGGUGGAGCAUGGACGAGAGCAGCGUGGAAGGGCUGCGCUCGAAGCUGGAGAGGUGGCGGACGGAGCUCCCGGCGAUGUACGACCAAGGAGGCUACGCCACCACCAGCAGUUUCCGGUCCUCCUCCUACCACACCAGGAGGCACAGCGAAGGCGACGGCAGCGCGGCCGACGGGUUGUUUUCUUGUUUCGGGAACAUGUUUGGGUACGAGUGCGAAUGCGUCUGUGGCCAACCUCCAACGAUUGACAACAAUAACAAUGACAAUAACAGUAACGUGAACAAUAACAAUAACAAUAACAACAAUUACAUAUGCAGAAGCCCAUCAGUUGGGGGCAGCAGUUUUCUUUAAUGGAGUUUGGAUCAACAAAAGUGAUAUGAGAGGAUGAUGAAGUGAUCAAGAAGGAGCGUUGUGUUUGGGGACGGACAUUUAGGGGAUCGGAUCGGAACGAAUCGAAAUAGUACUCUUUUUUGUUCUCUUGGAA